CACCCUUCGCCUUUGUAUAAUAUUGUUCAAAAAUGUUGGUCGACUAAACCCACGCGCAAAAGCUGGCUGGAACAGUAGGACAUGGAACCAUACACAUGAAAUAUUAAAAAGCUUCACUCCACACCGACGCAUCCCCUGCUUCAUUCUCGCAUCUCUUUCUUUCUCAUCACUCAUCAUCUCCAGACACUCCAGAAACCCAACAACAGAUACAAUGCUCAACCAAAAUAUCCAAUUAUGUUUAUGUCUUACUGUUGCUUAUUUUCUCUUCUUCUCAGCUUCUGCUACUGACACUCAAAGCAAAGUAACGAAUAACCCAGCUGACCAGCUUGUGGCAAUACUAAAUGAUAAUAGAACUGCACACCAUUUAACAGCCCUCUACAGCAAUCCUGGUUUGGCUUGCAUUGCUUUGCAAUACAUUAAAGCUUAUGAAGGCAGUUGUGACGAUGUGGGGGGUCCCAAAGCUAAGAAGCCGGAGGAUUCUGCUUUUUCUGAGACAUUUGCCCCUGAAUGCAACGUGGAGCCUGCAACCCUGACCCAAAUCACUGGGCGCUUUCUUGGGUGUCAGUCUGAAUAUAUCAAGCCUGAUAGAGCAUUCUCAGAGUUACUAAUGAAGGAUGAAAAGAGUUUGAACAUUCUCAACAGUAAGAACCACAGUGAAGUGGGUGCUGCAGUUAGUGGGUCUGAGGGCGGAUCCCCAUAUUUCUGGUGUGUGCUCUUCAGCAAUGGUAAAUCUAACAGUAGCUUUGUUCUUGAGGACGGUGUGGCUAAGGUGAGUAGACCAGGUUGUUUCAGUGGUGCCAAUGAUGAUUGUAAUAGUGCUCGAAAUAGGUUUCAAUCAUACCAUCUGUUGAAUUGCAUUCUAGGAGCUUUGGCUGUAAUUGGAUUUGUUUUUGGUGUAUGAUAGGAAUUCCUUCGAAACCAUCCACUUGAUUUCUUGUAUCUGUUGGUUGUUAUAUGUAAUUCAUUGGUCAUUCUUGAUUA